AUGUGCUCCAUCGACGCGGCCGGGCUCGAACAGGACGACCCGGCAAUCCUCCUAUACUACAAAUAUGUCGAUGUACCCGAAACAGCCUCGCUGGCGGAAUGGUACCGCGCCAGCUGCGCAAAACUCACCGGCAGAGUGAGGGUCGCUCCGGAUGGCGUCAACGCCACGCUGGGGGGGAACGCGGGCGACUUGCAAGCCCACGUCGACGCGCUGGUCGCCCACGACGUCAUCCGCGGCGUCGACAUCGACUUCAAGUUCGCGCGCGACACCGGCCCGCUCAGCCCCGCGGUGCUGCGAGAGAGCAAGCUCGACCGCCUCACCGUGACGGUCUGCAAGGAGGUCGUCUCCCUGGGCCCGCGGGCGGCAGCCGCGUUCGGUGGUCGCGAUGCAGCGACCCUCGCAGGUCGCCACGUGUCCCCUCAGGAGUUCCACGACCUCAUUCUACACCCCCCCGCGCACGGGCUGGUGCUCGUGGACGCGCGGAACCUCUACGAGACGCGCGUGGGGCGGUUCGAGGCCCCUGACUCAGUUGUGCCCACAAUAGACCCCCGCACGCGGUGCUUCAGCGACCUCCCCGCGUGGCUGGACGCGCACGCAGAGCAGCUGCGCGGGAAGACCGUCGCGAUGUACUGCACGGGCGGCGUGCGCUGCGAGCGGGCGUCCGCGCUCGUCCGUGCACGCGGGGAGGGGUUUGCCGACGUGGUUCAGCUGAGGGGGGGAGUCCAAAGGUACCUGGAGGAGUUCCCUGACGGCCUCUUCCGCGGGCAGAACUUCGUGUUCGACGGCCGCGGCGCCGUCCCGGCGGAGCCGCUGCGGCCGCUGGGUGUGUGCGCAGUCUGCGACGCGGAUGCUGGCGGGGCGGCAGGGUACGCGGCGCGGGUGCGGUGCACGCGCUGCCGCAUGCUCGUCCUGUGCUGCGACGCCUGCGCGCGGGCCGAGAGCGACCGGCGACGCGCCGUGACGUGCGAGCUUUGCCGUGGCGGCGGCGGCCGACCGGUGUCGCGCCGACUGCGCGUCCUCUGCCUGCAUGGCUUCCGUCAGACCGCGUCAGGGCUCCGCGGUCGCACGCACGCCCUCGCGAAGAAGCUGCGGGACGUCGCGGAGCUCGAUUUCGUCGACGCGCCGCACCACCUGCCUGUCUUCAUGCGCGCAAGCACCCGGGCCGGGGCGGCGGAGCGCGCGGGCGACAGCCCGCCCCGAAGCAGCGGCAACGGCGCGGGGCACGGCCCGGCGCCGCGACGGGCGUGGCUGCGUAGCAGGGCGGACGCUGAGGCGUUCGCUAAGCAUGGGCCGGCGCCGGUGCCGGCGCCUGCGCGCACGGAGGGCGCCGCGCAGCUGUUGGAGCAGACGGAGGGCUGGGCGGAGUCCGUGCGCGUGCUCGAGGAGGCGCUGGCGGCCGGGCCGGCGUACGACGGCGUGCUGGGGUUCUCGCAGGGGGGGGGUGUCGCGGCGGCGCUGGCGGCGGCGUCGCGGGGCGGCACCGCGCCGCUGCGGUUCUGCAUCUGCGCGUCGGGGUAUCUGCCGGGGUGCGCGGAGGUCCGCCGGGCCGUGGGGGGGAGUGGGAGCGGGGGAGUGGACGUGCCGUCCCUUCAUCUCUACGGAUCGAACGACAGGCAGGUGCCGCGGGAGAUGUCCGAGGAGCUCAUGGGGGCGUUUCGGCCCGACUGCGUCACGUCGUACGUGCAUUCGAAGGGGCACAUCAUUCCUGCGGACGCCGCCACUCUGCGACGCGUCACCGCGUUUCUGCGGCAGUUCCUGCCGGCGGACGGCGACGCAGACGAGUGCGGAUGA